AUGAACCGAAAGCUGAGAGAAACAGUCAAUCCAGAAAUCAUCAUCAUCAUCAUCGUCAUCAUUAUCAUCAUCAUCAUAGGACUUAAAUACUUCAGUCUCACAUGUGCAGUCUCUUUAUUUUACUUUUUUUUUUUUCCAUCACAGGGCAAACUAAGACCCAGACCCGGAGACCUGAUUGAGAUUUUUCGAAUUGGCUAUGAGCACUGGGCCAUCUAUGUGGAAGAUGACUGUGUGGUCCACCUGGCUCCCCCGAGUGAGGAAUUGGAGGCCGGGAGCAUCACUUCUGUCUUCAGCAGCCGGGCGGUGGUGAAAUACAGUCGCCUGGAGGACGUGUUGCACGGCUGCCCCUGGAAGGUCAACAACAAGCUGGAUGCGACGUACCUGCCGCUGCCCGUGGACAAGAUCAUCCAGCGGACGAAAAAGAUGAUCAACAAGAUCGUGCAGUACAGCCUGAUCGAUGGGAACUGCGAGCACUUCGUCAACGGCCUCAGAUACGGCGUGCCCAGGAGCCAGCAGGUGGAGCACGUGCUGAUGGAAGGUGCCAAGGCUGCAGGAGCAGUGAUUUCGGCCGUGGUGGACAGCAUGAGACCCAAGCCAGCAACUGCCUGAAGGUGCCAAAAACUCCAGGCAGAGGAAGAGCUCCUGAUGUCGGCCAAGGGAAAGGGCCUCCUUUCCUCCCCUGCCUUCCUCUCUCAGUGGCCCCAUGUAAGACAACUGUGGGCUUCCUGAAGAAUCUAGAAUGUACCCAAUUACCCCUCGAGAAAUACAUCCAAUAUAUGUGCUCACAGACCCCUGGACUCUCAGGGUGGGAAGAACCUGGUAUUUAUUACACAUCUGUUAGGCACCAGGCCCUGAGGAAGGCACUUCACAUACUUCAUUUCACUCUCUUUGUAGGAAGGGGCCUUGCUUCUUUCUUAGGCUGAACCUAGUCUAUGAUGCUUGAAGCAUCCUGGAAUCCUCUGCUUGAACAUUCCCAGUAACGAAGAACUCUUUUCAGAAGUUUUGUUUUUUUUUUUCUAACUUGCCCUUUCAGACCACAGUGCGGUUCAAGGGAGGAAGCCUUGAAGAAAAUCUGUAACUCGUUCCUGAGGGUCCCUCUAGGCCUUAUCUAGAAACACUUUCCCAAGAAAUACUUUCAUUUAAAAAUUAUACAUCAGCUUUAUUCUUUAUUGUCUAAAAAACACUCCCAAUUUAAAGUAUAAUCCACAGGACCAUUUAUCUUGCAUUUCUGCCUUAUAAGCACCAAAAAACCUGAAAUUUCUAAUCUCCACUGAAUUUCGGAUGAAUAUUUAAAAUAAUUUAAUCAAUGGACCUCUGUGAAUGAGGGAGAGGAAGGAGCGACUUUUGUGCUUUGAAGAAUGUUGGCAGGACGGAAGACCUCAGAUGACAGCUGGAGAUUGUCAGUGCCAGCCAAGAGCUGAAACCACCCAGGGAAUCCAGGGAAGGGCUCUCAAAAUGCCUGGGACAUAUGAAGAAUGUGGAAAAGAGCAGGAUGGAACCUCCAGAGCGUCUCACGUAAGAUUUGUUAGAUGUCCUGUUUGGAGGAGAUAGACCUGCAGUGAAACCGUUCACUUUCUCCAACUCUGUUCUUUUCUUAGCAGUCCAAACUUGACCGCCUCUUCCUGUUUCCUAGAUGCUGGAGUCUGGUGUGUGUGUGUGUGUGUGUGUAUGUCUUUGAUUGUCUUCCCUCUGCCCUUCCCAACUGGCCUCUCUGCUUUUGCACAGCAGUGACAGGUGCUGGUGGAUCGAGCAUGCACUCAUUUCUGCAAAUCAUGACUAGGGUAAAGCCAUGGCCUCUAGUUCCUGUAAUCACCUUGCCCAACCAGCUCAGAUCACUUGAGUUCCCAAUACCCUUACCUUCAGGGUCUUUAUUCAUUAUACGGUCUAGGUUGAGACUUCCCUUGGAGCAGGACCCAAGCACUAGGAAUUUUUAUUUUAUACAUUUUAGCUUUGAAUUAACUCGGUCAUGUAUUAGUAAACUUUUUGAUCUGAAGAUCGCUUUGAACUCAUAGACCUUAUUAAUCAUUAAUCAAAUGAACCAGGUGUUGUUUUGUUGCUGAAAGAUCAGCCCCCGUCCCGGUCCCUGACAAGCCAAAUAACUCAGAGACCGGGUCUUGGAGCUUAGAAGAGAAGAGGCAGCUUUAUUACUUUGCUGGGCAAAGGGAACUCCCAGCAGGCUAG